UUUUGACAUGUUUAACACAGAGUUCAUGUAUUUUUUCAAUUUUUAAUACAAAAGCAAAUUUUUCAAGCUGUUGGCUAAGAUUUAAAGUUAGAUUUGCUCCAACUUUAGGCUAGAACAUUGCACCGACAACCAUUUAGGGAAAACACGACAGUUCGGUUAGAAUAGAUUAAUCGCAGAUGGAAAUCAAGCAGUGUUUAGCUGCAUGUUUGGUUGCGGCUUUAACAUGUGCCAUAGCGGACACCUUAACUGAGGAUGAACUUACGGAAAUGAUUAAAGACGGAUUCAGGAAUGUUGAAAGGGAAACAAUAAACGGACAAGUUAUUUUAGAAGAUGGAUACAUUCCUACUUGGCUUUCAGGUAACUUUAUGCGGCACGCUUGCGGCGCAUUUGGUGAGACGGACAACAUGAAUAAAACACUGCCUAAUUACAUAGAACAUCUAUUUGACUGCAUAGAGAUCGGAAACAAAUUCAGGAUUGAAAAUGGCAAUAUUACAUUCACAAAUAGAUGGUACGAUACGACAGUAAACGACAUCUAUAAUUUCUACGGGAGAGAAAUGAACGAGUCUAGCCUGUUUCACACCACGACCUUAUCAAAACUGAAUCCUACACAGUUGGACAUAUGGAGCGCUAAUUUGUCGGAUAAUUCGAAGUUGGAGAAGGUUCAUCACGUCAGUUGGUGGCAAAUAGGAGAUGACGUCAUAGCCAUGUCAGAGUUUCCUAUCGGCGUGAUAAUUGACCCGGAUGAAGUAGCCCAUAAAGGUUAUAUCCAGUACAACGACGAUAACCUAGGUGUUCCUAACUCAAUGCAAUACUUCACCAACAACAACCCUGCACACGAGCACACUGAACCCGAUGGUACACUAUGGAGCGCCGUUGCGGUCAUAAAAUUUGAAACUCGAACGCUUUUAAAAUCCUGGAGAGUUGUGUACAAAGUCGGUGCAGACAAAAUUCGUCACGUGAUUGGUACCUACCACUAUGAAGACACAGACGUUACUAAGUGUCGGCCAGGUACACCGUACGAAGAUUUUACUGCUAGAUUUGGAUACCUUCACUCAUUUGCAAUGACGGAGAAUUAUAUAAUUUUACCGGAGACCGCAUACAUGAUUGAUACGUGUGUAUUUGCAUUCUACAACAAGUAUGAGCCAUUCUUUUCACAAGGAUUCCACUACGAACCGUCAGGGUUGUCAAGAUUACUGGUUAUGAGGAAAUCUGACGGCGUUUUCGUUGCUAACAUUACAGUUCCGCCUAUAUUUAUAACACAUCAGCUUGGAGCGUAUGAAGAUGGCGAUUCUAUACAUAUGGAUAUGCUCACGUACAAUGACGCCGGCAUCUACACACAACACCUGUAUGUGGAAAACCUCUUUAAUAAGCAUACAUACACCAGUAACGUUACCCGUAUCACCAUACACAUGUCUAACUGGACCGCGAGCUUGCGCAGUCUUCGUGAGCCUAGAAAACCACCGGCGGCAUUUGAAAUGUCCAAUAUAAACUACAAAUACAACGCCAAGAAGUAUACCUAUGCAUAUAUGGCGAGGAACUUUGCCAUGAAGGACCAGAAUGCGCUUACCAAGUUAAAUGUAGACACAGGAGAAGAGAUCGAGUACCUGUACCCAAAAGGCAUGUUUACACAGGAGCCCCAGUUUGUUUCAAGACCCAAUGCCGUAUCAGAGGAUGACGGUGUCCUCCUAGCUCAAGGUGUUGAUGGCAGAAAACAUAAAGCAUUCAUGGUGAUUGUAGACGCAAAAACAAUGAAAUUAAUUGGUCACGUGACAGCUCCAGAUCUUGCUCUGUUCGGACUCCACAACAAGUUGUUUCCGUUUCAUAAAGGAAAUUCUUCAGGAUCUGACAGUAAAUUAAGUUCUGGAUCUUCAAAAAUAGAACCAUUCAGCUGCAAACUCUAUAUGUUUGUGUUUAUCUGUGUAUUCAUGCGCGUGUGUCAUAUAAGUAUAUAAGUAUUUCUAAGAACGUAUAUACUUUUAUUUAAGCCUUACCUCAUAUGUGUGCUAAAACAUUUGAUUUCAUUAAGAGUGUGACGAUCAUUUAUAUGCCUAUAACUAUAAAGUCUGUAAAAAGAUCCUUAAAGAAUGCAACCAAGAACAAUAAUAGCAGACUCGGUUUGAUUGAGUCUGUUCAUGGAUGUAAUGAAAUGUGCAACACCUCUCACGACCCCUAGCACCGGCUUAGGCGGAACUCUAUUACAUAUAUGUUGAAUGGACUCCAUGAUCCCAAAGGAUCAGAAAGUAUAACAACAAAAGACAUCAACGUAAAGCAUCUUUAAAAAUAUAAAAUUGGUAGUAUUUUGAAUUUCUAUUACGAAAUCCCUAUACAAUAUGUUUUAUUCUUUGAGCAUUUUGAUUUUUGGUAUUUUUGCGUCUUGAUUCUUGCUUUUUGCUGUUUGUGUUUUGUGUUUUGCUUCGUGGUUUUUGCUUUUUGCGUGUUGCUUUUUUUGCGUUUUGGGUUUAGUAUUUUCUAACAUGUACAUAACUGUAUAAUAUUGAAGCAAAACGCAAAAAGCAAAAAGCAAAAAACAUGUCGCGCCGGGAUUCCAUACGUUUGUAUUAAACGAAUAUUGUGUACUGUUACCGGGGUGAUCCACAUUUUGGUGUAUUCUUGGGAGGUUACUCUUACGGAGGAUUCCGGAGAUGGCCGAGGCUUCCCGAUUUAACAUCAUAUAGAAAGUGUUUCUAGGCCGGCAAGGGUGAUGAGAUUAUGAGACAGUUGAGUUCGAUGAUUUAAAGAUAUACAAAAACAAUUUCUAAUUGAACAAAUGUUACAUUGAAAAUCAAUGCCAUAAAUGUAACUGAAUAAUACCACACGAAUUAAUAUUCUAUACCAUUUUUUAUAAAUGUCAAUCCAUUUCAAAUCAUUUUUACCAUAUGGUCAUUUUUGUGAUAUUGUGUUUGCAAUGUCUCAGAUCUUUGUGUGGAAAAUGUCUUUGAAUUCUUUAUGUCUUUUCAUGUUUAUGUCACAAAGGUGUUAUACAAUAAUAAAACCUCUUUACAGAAACCGAGUUUGUAUUCUUACCAGCGU